CAUGGCAGACAACGAGUGCCAUCCGCUGCUGUCAAAUAUAAAACUGCACCUUUAAACUAUCUUUAAAAUGUUGUUUUUAACUAAAGGGCUUACUGAUUGAUUUUACAAUGUCGCAAAUAAUUUUGAUAAUUAUUUAUAUACUUAUUGGAUUCUGGGCUUUAAACAGGGCUGUUGCAUACAUUAUACAAUGGCUUUUAAAACGAUAUCACAUUCAUUUGAGAAUUGGGCGGAUUGGCUUUUUUAACUAUGGAAAGGUUCAAAUUACUGUUCAAGUUCAUUCUGAGGUCUCAGUGCAUGUGGAACUGGAGAAUAUCUGGCUAUCUAGUUCAUUUGUAAAUCCAGAUGUCAGAAAACCAUUGGUGCUGUGUAUAGAAGAUCUAAGGAUCCAGGUGGAUGUCAACAACCAUAGAACUGAGCAGCUGGAGGCUCAGCCCUUGAGACCCCACCCACAACAAGGCCUGCCACUAACACAGCGCCUGAAUAAAAUUUUGUCCCUCGGCUCGUAUGUUGGGUUGCGUAUCAAUAACAUGACUGUGAUGCUGUUAAAGACCAUGGUACCGGACUGUCUGAUCCACUUCACUAGCCCAGAAAUCUCCUUAGAUAUUACAGCAGCUUAUGACAAGUAUGAAAUGUGUAUAAAUUUAAACAACUUGGGAUGUAAAGCUCUACGCUCUUCUCCUGAAACAGUGCAGCAUCCGCAGCAGAAUUGCCUUGGGGAGUUUUCUUUUACAUUCAAGAUGGAAGCUAAAGUAGAUAAAUUAGACCCUGGAAAACUUGUAGUACUGAGAACUGUGAUAGCCAAACCACAAAUGACAAUAACUGAAGGAUUUCUGCAGAGCCUACAAAUGAUAAACACCAGGCGACUCAGUCUUGUAGAGCACCAGGUGUCAGAUGAUGGCUCAGCGGCUCCGUUGCACCAGCCAGAGGAUUCAGACAGCAAUUAUGUCCAGUGGCCUAACGACAAGAUGUUUUCAACGCUCAAAAUUUUUGAAAAAGUGCAAGAUAUCAGUUUUGACAUAUCAGACUUAGAUGUUAAGAUAGUUAGAGAAACUAAGCAGAGAAGCUUAUCAGUGUCCCUUAGGCUGUUUCACUUAGGCUUUCAUAAUCAGUCAUUCUGGCAAGCCACAGAUAUCAACUGUAAUGUGUAUUUAGAAGAGUUCAAUACUAGUUCAAUGCAAGCCAAAUUUGCUGGCCUUAAUAAAAUUGUUAUCAAAGGACAGCUACUGCAGGAUUCACUGGACACAUUCCUGUCCAUAAGUUCAGGAUUUUUCCACUACCACCACGAAGAAGUGCAAUACUGGGUUUCUGUGUUUACAAACAUAUUCAGGUGGCAGCAAGCUCACCACCCACACCAGCAUCCGAAGCUCAAAAAGAAGAAGUCCAUCCCAAGCCCUACCCUGUUAGUCUGGAUGGAAGGCAAAAAUUUUUCCACUGUCGUUGAGGUGACGGAUAUGUCAUCCACAAUAUCCACAGCCACCUGCAAUGGUCUUCACACCCAGCUGGCCCAUGCAAGGUUUAAUGGCGUCAUAAAGCCAGGAGGGGGAGUGGUAGACAAUCGUGACUGGUUCAGUGCCUACAAUGCAUCCUGUGAAGUUGAUAUCCAAAAUGUUUCAUGCUGCUUGGUCGAUGCUAAACUGUCCAGCGAGCAGCUGGGGGGCAAAAAACAUUACUGGGGUCUUGUGCUGUAUCUUGGCAUUCUGCUGAUGAAGGUGAAAAAAUUUGGUAACGACCUGAAGAUAGAAGGCAUGAAGGACAACCUCCAGAUUGAGUGGUCCUCAAACUUGUACACGGUGCUCAACAAUUUGUUAGGUGCCUUCAGGAGGUCAAGGCCACUCCUUCUCAGAGCACAGCCCAGGGUGCAGUAUCCAAAGAGAGAAGAGACUGUUGUCAAGCCCUUGUCCAAGAAUUCUUUGAUCCAUAUUUUUAAGUUUGAUGUUUCCAAUAUAAAUAUAUUUAUUAGCAAUACUGUCGGAGUGUGUGUGAUGAUGCGUGUUGACAAGGUGGCUGCUAGUCAUAACAUAACGCAAACCAGUUUGUCUGUCGAUGGUACCAAAGUGCAAUAUAUCAUCUGUGAUAGUUUACAAUUCAUUCCCCUUCAUCGAUCAAAUGAAAUUCAUAAACCUGUUGUUCAUAUUCAUCAAGUUAAAAUCAAACACACUCCUUCAAACAAGGAGUGUCGAGUCCAUAUCCUACAACACUUGACCAUCCAGUGGACAGCUGAAGUCCACAAGUGUCUUGUGGAGGGUGUCCAAGAAGCCAAGUCUCUGCAGGCAAACUUUUUUGGUGCUGAAGGAGAAAGUUCUUUGUUGCCUGCAAAUAUUCCCACCAGCAUUGAAAGUCCUAAAAAAUCCUCUGUUUCCAUCAAUGUGUUGGUUCUAGCUGAAAUCAAUCUGGAGGCUAAACUAUCCAGCCAACACUUGCUGAGCAUCCAUACUCAAAAUCUUUUAUUGACCAUGACCUUGCCUGAUAUCCUGAUGGAGGUUAAAAAUUUCCAAAUUAAAUGUGAUGGACACAACAUUUUUAAUAUUGGGGGCUUCCAACUAGAAGUUCUACCAGUAUCCCAUCUGAAAGCUGAAAGAGAGAGAGCCAAGAUAUUACAGAACCCCACCAACAAAGCAUGGGGAAUAACUUUUGAGAGUAUUGAUAUUUUGUUUCCACACAAGUACAACUUUGCUGAUUGCUAUGAAGAGGUGUUGAAUGCUGUGAAAUGGCUGAAACUUGUUCAUAAAAUGAAGAGAAAACCAUUCACUGUUGAUAGUCCCCUACCACCUGAUCUCACCAUUAAAAUCAAAUUACUGUCUAUAGAAUUAAGUGAUGAUCCUUUUGAAGUCAAAAUGUCUCUUAAUUAUGAGCUACUUAAAGACGAAGGCAUAGAGAGCAAGAAAAGAAGAGAAGUCCUAGAUGCCAAGCUGUCAGAGCUACAGAAGAAACAGUUUAUACCUGUCAACAAGCGCGAAGAGUUGUAUGCAAGCCUUUACAAGAAGGACUCUGAGAUCUACAUCCAGCGUUCUCAGCAGCUGUACAAAGCCGAGCCAAUCAGGACGCAGCUUUUUACAUGGCUGAUGGAAGAUUUGCAUAUCACUGCGCUGGCCGACAUCUCAUUCCAUGGGAAGGAGAACGUCUUGAAACACAUGCAAGAAAUAGACAAAGAGAGCCCAUUCCCAAAAGAGCCCAUUGACUUUGUCACUCUGUGGUGUCGCUAUGUCAAUGCCAGUGUUAAGAUCUGGUCAGUCACCCUGCGUGACUUCCCCCGCCCCAUGAUUGACGUACAGAACAAGCACGUCUGGGGGCGUCUCAUUGGCGCUGAGAGAGAUGGCACCAGAAGAGCCAAGCGAGUGUGCACAGUGGAGCUAAACAAACCUUGGGAGACCAUGGCUGUUGAGAGGAAUCUUCCCCCACUGAAAUUUUUCCAUGACUUUAGUUGUGACAUGACAUCCCUGACGCUGGCCUACGGUGUGUGCUGGGAGCCAGCCGUGGCCUUGUUUAACCUCAGCCUGGACCUCAUCAAUCGGCCGUCAGUUGACCCCAGCAGGCCGCUGCCAUUCUGGGACAAGAUGCGCCUCCUGUUCCACGGCCGCUUCACCUGGUCCAUCAACAAGAUGAGCUGGCUGUACCACGCCUCCUUUGACCCCUACAACAACACUGAGUUGAUGGACUGGUCAUGGACCAACUUAGUCAUGGACUGGACCAAUGGUCAGUUUGUGUUACAGGGAGAUCUGGACAUCUCUGUGGGUACAGCAUCCAAGUACAACCAAAGUAAACUCCUACACCUGCCCAACUUAACUUUCAGGGUUGGUAUAGAGUGGCUUUGUCUAGGUGAUGCCAACGACCACCAUUCUGUCAUGCCUUGUGCUCCUGACAAAGUGCCAGAUUUCUCCUUAGAGGAACACGACUCAUUCAGAGCAUUCAGAUCUCAAAACCUCAACCUUGAACUCAGUUUAAAAACCAGACCUGCUGCUGACAAUUCCCUGGACACCCCAUCAUGUCCUGAACUUUACGCUAGCACUCUUCGCUUUCUGGAGAAAAUAAGGAACUGCAUGUUUAGUGUCACAAGGCCAGUCAGAAGAGGUAAACUCUUUGGUAUCGUCACCCCUCGUAAACUCCAGCUCACGAGACAUUACAAGAAGAUCAAACUGUCAGUGGAUUUCCACAAGUUUGCCAUCUGUCACUGGAUGUCCAACGCCAAAGAACACGGAGCUGAGCUCAUUUCUGAUUCUUUUGUUCUCCAGAUGUGCAACAAGUUGAACCUGGUUCCUCUAGAAGAUGGCCUCCUUCACAGACCCCAGGCAGAGUGGAGCAUCAAGUACCUCAAGUGUCACCUGGGGCCCACCAGGAUUUACCUGUGCAAGAAUAAAGGCAAGGAUGAGUCCAGUGCGUCACCUGGACCAGCGGAGAGGAGUUUUUUCCUCAGUGUCACUAAAAUCAGUUACCAGAGAGCUGACAGGAAGAACAAGCCAGGCAACUCUGUUGAAGAACAGGAGCAGCGUAUCCCAACCCACAGUGUUUCCAUCCAUGAAAUGAAAGGCGCCUGGAAUCAAUUCAACCGGACAGUUGUCAUGAACCUGUAUGACAGCUACAUGCGUGCCAAGGCCCUGCGCAGAAACCUGUCAUCAGAGGCCCUGAAAGGAUUUCGUGUGGAAACAACACCCAGUGUCACUAAAAACCGUUCCUUCUCCCUGAGCAGCCCAGACACUGCACCCCCCAACUCUGAGGCGGGCUCAGAUUUGACCAACCCCACCCCACUGAGUAAACUCCAGAUGGGACACGCCCACUCCAUGUUGAUGAAGCUGGUCUCAGAGUCAGACAGCAAAUCUGUUGCUUUCACUGAAGAGCCCUCAGAUAGCAAUGUGGAUCAGCUGCAUGGUCUGAGAGCUUGUAAGCUAACAGAUAUCCUGCAGACAAACUGGCAGAUUGAGCUACACAACAGUCAGGUUGUCCUCAAAGGUUGUGAAACCCCUGGCUACGUCAUCGUCAGUGCCGCCAGGGCCAAGAUGACCUCAUUCACCCACAUGCCAAUCUGGCGACACGGUCAGCUCAGGUCCAAGUCAACCUGGAAUGGUGAUGUGGACUGUAUGCAGUACUAUGCCACUGUGGACCCAAACAACAGCUAUGAGAGGGACAACAUCCCUUGGUUGCUGAGGGAAAAUGUGGAGGACAGGGCCAACACUGACCUCAGUGGCUUGCCAGAGAUGAUAAGCAGUGGUCAGUCUGUGGGCAGUGUGGUCAGCAGUGUUGUGACUGGGGUCAAGCCAGCUUCUGAACAGAGCACAAGUUCGGAUACAGUUCAACUUCAGAGGAUCAUCUACCGGUGCAGCUGCAAGUUUUUCUAUGCUAACUAUGGCGAUGUGGACCCCAACAGUCUGCCAGAAGUUCCCUUACCUCCGAUUGAAGAUGGUGAUGUGAUGAGUGUUGAGGAAGGAGUGGACACAUUUACUUUGUUACAUGAAAGUGUCUACGCUUAUUCCAACCCACUACAGUUUUCUGUGAUAAUGGAUAUUGUAAAUAAUCUAUUGCUCUAUGUUGAACCCAAGAAAAAAGCUGCCAGUGACAGACUGCAGAACAUGAAAUUUAAACUCCAACUGUACAGGGAUGAAGAUCAGAAGACACCCAUCCUACAGUUGCAGGAGAUUGUCAGGGAGAAGGUCCAAGAAUUACGCCUCUUGGAGAAAGAAUAUUACAUAGCAAAAACGCAAAAUGAUGAAGAAAAGAUGGAGCACUUAGAAAUUGCUAUGGAUGACAUGAAAAACUGGAUUGGAUUAAAGAAUGAAGAAUUGGGGAUGAGAAUAAGUUGCUACAAUGAGAGCCAGCUACAAGUUAAAGCGCAGAUGAAAAUGGAAAAAUCCCAACAAGCACAAGUAGUUAGAAGAAAUGAAGUCUGUUUUAAAUAUGCCAAGUGGCGUAUGACAGAAAGAGAUGGGCAUUGUGGAAUAGCAGAACUUGAGCUUCGUAACUUUGUAUAUACCAAGGUCAACAGAGAUGAUGAUACAUGGACUCAUCAACUGGAACUUAACUGGGUCAAGGUUGAAAAUCUGCUCACUGAUAACUUCUACCAAAAAGUUCUUGUACCCAAAGACCCCCAAGGACAGGAGGGAGAAAAUAGACAAAUGGCCUUAAGAAUCACCUGUACUGAGAGACCCCCAGUGGGUGGCAUCCCAGUGAAAGAACACUUUGAGGUCAAUGUCGCACCCAUUCAGAUCCAGAUGACCUACCAGUUUUACAAAGCUGUCAUGGAGUUCUUUUUCCCUGACAAGAAUGUGGAGGUCGAUGAUGAGGAUGAAAUGGACAUCAAGCAGAAAAAAGAAAAGAAAAACAACAAAAAAGACAAAGAAAAGAAGAAAGAAAAAACAGAAGAUACUGAGAAAAGUUCUUUGCGUUCUGUUGCAUCUUUCAGCAGUGCUGAUGAUAUCAACAAAAUGAGAGAAAGAGCAGCCAAGAAUAACACAUUUUUAUACAUAAAAAUACCAGAGGUCAUUGCAAGGGUCAGCUAUAAGGGUCAGAAAGAGAAAAAUAUAGAAGACGUCCAUGAUUUCAGUUUCAUCUUACCAACAGUAGAAUACCACAAUAACAUCUGGACAUGGUUUGACUUCCUAAUCACACUAAAAAACCACAGCAAACGAGUUCUUCUUUCACAGGCCAUAAAGCAAAAACUGCACUGGAAAGCAAGAGUUCUUGAUGAACCACCCCACACUGAUGUUCAAGAAGAAGAGGAUAAAGCCAAAAUGUUGUUGGGAGCAAAGCUAUUGUCUGGCCAAGAAAAACCAGCAAAAAAAGGAUUUUUUGGCAAAUCAAGCAAGUAAAGAACAAGUAUUUUUAGGACUUCUAAUUUCAGCUGUUUUUGUAUCAUAACUAACCUCGGUGAUUUGUUGAGAAGUUAACUUACUUUUUUUUUUUAAACUUUGGUAUGUUUACAUAAGCUUGCUUCACCUUUUAAAGAAUGAAAUUUUAUCAUUUAGGUUUAUGUUGAUAAAGAUGGUCAACAUAUCUAGUUUUUAUUGAAAAAUAAUUGCAAUUGUGGUGUUCAUAAAUACAAUAAAAAUAUGUACAUUAUAAUACUGCAUUUUAAUCUUUAGUUUUAUUGUACUUUUAACUACUUUCACUGUCGUUUUUUACUUUGUCUUUUAAAGAGGAAGUAUUGUAGCUGUGCAAAAAAAAUCAAAAUGUUUCACUUUGUUUUGCAAUCUUGUCAAUGAGUCAGAAAAGUGAAGUCAAAAGUUAGUGUUUACUUUACAAUCAACUUUGAGUAGUUUCUUAUAACCGGAAUUGAUACUUACUCUACUUCAUGUUUCUCAAUUACAAUUUAUGUGCGACCUGAUAUCUAGAACUUUAAUACCAUAUUAGAUCUUAUUCACUAGGUUUUUUCAAAUUUUGAGUAGUUUCCGCUGAGCAGAAAUAGUACUUAACGCUAUUUACUUGUAAGAAUUUGAUUAGCACUUAUAGUUUAUAAUGUAGCCGGUAGUGACAAGAUUUGCAAACUUUCAGAACAAGUUAGUUGUGACAAGAUUUGCAAACUUUCAGAACAAGUUAGUUGUUACGUAUGAUUAUAAAUUAUGUGCUGUGGAAAACUUGUACAAUACUAUAAUAUAAAAAAAUUGUAUUAUUUGUAUGUGUACAUAUAUCAAGUUAGCUCAAAUGAGCAGGAAUGCUGUUUACGCAACUACUGAACUAGCAGCUGCAUGAUAUCCAUCUUUUGUUCAUACAUUUACUUUAGUGAUGAUAUACCACUUCUGCAUUAAAAUUUGUGAUCAUGAAAAUAUAUUCCUUUUGAAUGUCCAGUCACCCCUAAGGUUUUGUUUUUGACUGCCCAGUUGCUAGACUAUGAAUACUAAUUUUGGUAUACAAAUGUUUACUAUCACUUGCAUAUAUGCUUUAUUAACUAUGCUGUUUCCACCAGUUAGAAGAAAUGGUUUUUUAGUUUUAGAAGUAGCCCUAAUACUAAAUGAAAAGAGUUUUCCAAACGAGCUGGUUUAUCAAUUUUCUUAAUAGAAAUAGUUAGGGCAUUUUCAUGACACUUUUACAUUUUAGCAUGACUGAACCAAUUGUUUUACUAGAUUGGAUGAACAUGUUGAGCUUUACAUUAGUAAGAUUAAUGUUAAACCAAAGAAAGUCUGCAGAUGUUCAUAGAAUUUAUAAAAAAAAAAUAAAAGAUGUAUAACAAUGAUUAACAAG